CCUUAUCAAACUCCUCUUAACCCUUUGGACAUUAAUUUAAGGCUUUAUUACCAACAUUGUCAUUCCUCAUUCCCAAUUUUACCAUUCAAUCCAAACUAUUUAUUAAACUUGGCUCAAAAUCGAGACGAAUCAGGUCCACAACCAUGGAUCCUUGACUUGUUUAAUCACGCCUUGAAUAAUUUGAAUAACUUCAAACAGCUGAAUGAUCAUGUUGAAUUUUUCACCCGAUUAAUGCAAAUCUAUCCCUUUGGAAGUUACAUGAAUGAUAAUUCGUUGGUGUUUUGGUUUAGUACCCUUUUGAUUGCCAACUAUUCGAUUUUGCUUAAUGGUGAUGUGUACAGCAUGGGAAUCUCAUGGACUUGUUCGAUAUUGAAUGAUUUUAAAGUAUUGGAGAAAUUUAUUGAGUUUGUGGAAAAGAGUCAACUGUCCGAUUAUGAUAAUAUUACGUUGUAUUUUGCUAAAUUGUAUUAUUCACUUGAUCUAAUUGAUGAUAUUUAUUGUCUUGGUAUGGGAACACAAAAGAGUAUAAAUCAAAACACUUUGAUACAAUUCUUGCAUGCAAACAUUAGAUUUUUCGUUAAAGAGGAUGAAUCAAUCAAGUCAGGAAUGGCCUUGUUCAAGAAUGCACCACUUUUGAUGCACAUGAUUAACGUACGUGACCAAUAUAUCUACGAAGGGAAAUAUUCUAAGCCAAUUCCAAUUCAACAGCAGACCUCAGAUGACCAAUUUGCGGCCCAUUUCAUGACGUUAGUUAGCGAGAAGUACGAUUUGAUCAACUACCUUCUUGAAAUCAAUCAUUUCAUAGUUCAUGAUUCCAACAAACAUCAUGAUUCCGAUGAACUUUAUGAAACUUUAAUGGAUUAUAAUUUGAAAUUGAUUCGUCUAGUUAAGAAACUUUCAAGCUCAAUCAUGAACUUUGCUAAUUUUAUAGGAACAUCAACUACUGGAUCUGCUGCUGGUGUUGCUGCUACUACUGCUACUACUUCUUCGCCAACUUCACCUUCCCUUAAACCAGCCUUGGUUAACCCCUUAUUGAAUAUCUCCAUUGGUCAAUUGUUCAAGUUGAUUAAGUUGAUCAAACUAAUCAUUGACAGUUUAACUACGAGUAAACAGUCAAGCACAGACUUGGAGAACAGGUUAACCAAAAUCAAUAAUGAUUUGUCAAUUUCAUUCAACUUGUUAAACUUAAAUUUGGUUAAUUUACAAUUGGGUACAAAAUCCUCACUUAUAAUUAAAAAGAAAGUUGGUGAUUACAAAUUCAAUUUCAAUAAACCAACCAAUAUCACCACCACAGAACAAAGUUUAAAUAGUUAUAUUCAAGAAUUUACCAAUACCAUCCUACCAUUUAUUCAACAGGAGAAUAGACAUGGUUGGUACUAAGGGUGUAUAGUUUAUGUAUAUUUAAUAACAUAUCUUUCUGGAUU